GAGAUAGGCCUGAUGGAACUCAAUAUACAGCAGAAGACGAUAAAUAUUUGGAAACCUUCCUGGAUAUGAUGGAUAAAUUCGAUGCUAACAGAACAGACACACAUAAAAUACGCGCGUUUCUAUUUGAAGGAGAUGGCGUGAAUAAUGGUACCAUGCAGUUGAAGGGCAGAUUACUCGGUGAUCAAUAUUCAGAAUCUAUGGCUGGUGUUGACUUUGACUCAUACAUGAAGACUAUGACCGAUAUAGCAAUGUUGAUGCAGUCCUUAAAGGAGUAUAGCUCUGUCGUCUGCCCAUAUAUGGCUGCAACUGACUUUGAAACUAUGAGAAAAAUAUUCAAUGUAUUGUUAGACCAGAUUUACAAACCGAAAAUGAACUAAACUUACAAAAAUGUGUUCAAAUUUAAACUAAUUUUAAUAAAAGUUUGAAGAAGUUA